GUAGAAUUAUUAUCUGGAAAGAAAAUGUUCUGAUAUUUGACCUAUAUUCAUUAAAUGUUAAAUUGUCUAUCUGUGUGGUAAACUCAUAAUAUGAACUUAUCUACUGUUGUAAAUAAUUUAAACAUUAUUUUAAUAAAUUUAUGAUUUGGUUUGACACAUAAAAGGCUAUUUUUCUAUGGGUGGCUUUUAUAAAGGGCAUGAUGUCAUAAACCAAGUGUCGAUAUUGUGUUCUUAAAUUAAAAAAAAUUUUAGUUGAAUUUAAAUUAUUAGUUUGAUAUGGAUUCUGUCGAUAGCACAAUUGAAAAAAUAAAAAAUGACGAAGUUAACAAAGAGCGGUUACUUAAAGAGAAACGAGAAUUAGAAGCAACAAGAGCUUCUAUAAAUAAAUCUAUUCGUGAUACUGUAGCGCUAACUGAAAAGUCAUCUCUCCAGCAAUUGGAACUAACUAGGUCUAUUAAGAAACUACGAAAACAGUUACAGAUAGAAAAACUUCGACAAAAAAGUGUAACCUCACUGUUAAAUACGUCCCUUAAAGAAUUAGAAGACUUGCGUCAUAAAUCUAAUGUAGGUAUUUCCAAUGUAUGGGACCUACGCUCUUCCUUAUGCGCCGAAACUUAUACGACAUUUAGUUGUUAUGAUAUUUGGGCUUUAUUAAAAAAACCAACCCCUACAGAUCCUCCUAUUUCUCGAAUGAGUAAUUCAUUUAAUGAAAGUAUUAUUACUGAUACUGAAAACAGAGUAAAAGCGGCAAAUGAGAGGCGUUUAAAAGCGACGGCGGAGCGCGAUAGAUUGCUACUUGAGCCAGAAAAUGGCGUCGAGUUUUUGAGGAUAAAAAAUGCAUUAAAGUAUUCCUUAGAAAGAAUAACGGAUUUAAAGAAAUAAAAGACCACUUGUUUUGAAAAAUGAAGUACAUAUAUUGUUAUUCCUUUAAUUCCACAAGUUACACUUGUAAUAAAACAUUCAACCAGUAAA